GAAGUUUUUGUUUCACCUGCUACUUAGACAUUUAAAAUUUUUGUAGACCAGUUCCUUGGUGCUCAUUCCUGGUGGGUUAUAAUACUGCAAAGGAAACUGGCUGUGGUCAGAUAUCAAGAGCACAACGUAAUCAGAUUUUCCAAUUCCUUCAUAUAAUUGUGAUGAAAUUUUGACAAGUGGAAGAACUGUAGUAGGGGACAGAAUUGCACCCUGUGGGGCAGAACCUCAGCCGAUGUUAAUCAGCCAAGCUCCAGGUUUCUGUUCCCAGCAUUCAGGCUGGAUGUAUGUUGCUGUAGUGCUGGGGAUUGUCACUCUGAUUUUGCUGGCUGUUAUUAUUGUUAUUUCCCACCAGGCCUCAAGGGGCAAGGCUGACAGUUCAGAGAGUUGCUCUGAGAUUGGUACAAAUUGCACUGGCAAUUGCACAUCUUCCAGGAAGUACCGGUAUGGAGAGAGUUGCUCCACAACACUGAAAAUGCUGAUAGAGAAUCUCUGUGUAAAGGAGCAGGGAUGUGAGCUCUGUCCCCCUGGGUGGCAACUGCACAUGGGCAGAUGUUAUCACUUCUCAGAGGACAUAGCAGCCUGGGAUGCCAGUCAGAGACACUGUUCAGCCAGUCGGUCCCAGCUUCUCAUCCUAGAAGGUGAGGCCGAGAUGGAAUUUUUAGACCAGAAAAAGGAACAAAACAGAUUUUUCUGGAUCGGACUAACCUUCAGAGAGAAGGAGGGACGAUGGAUUUGGCUCAGUGACCCUCAGACCAAAGGAUACAGGGUGGCAAUACAUGAAAAUGAAGCUGGCAAGCACUGUGCUCUUUACAAAAGGAAGCAAGGGAUUGAAUUUGAAAGCUGUCAAAAUUCACACAGAUGGAUCUGCAAGAAAAAUGCAGUCCUGCUGGCUCCGUGAGACACUGCUGGCUCCUAGGCACCAUCCUGUAUCGGAGAGAUACACUCUACUGGUCGGUGUGACAUCUCUACAAAGAAGCAUCAGGGCUUUCUACAGAAACCUGUACAUACAGCAAUCCUCCCUGGAUUACAGACUGGCAGGGUUGUGAGCCUGGACUCUGCUGUUGGAUGUUCCAGCCACAGCAGGUUAGCUCCAGGGAUUGUCUGUGUCUUGUACAGUAGACUACACAACCCCGGACAGCGACUGAAAACCAGGGCUCCCUUUCCCAGCUAAGUGUCCUUUCCACCAGUUGGAAUUGAAGUCUUCUUCGGCACGGCUCACUCUCCUUCUCUCUGUCCCCCAAUGCAUCUUUUAUUUUUUGCAGGCCCAUCUCUCCUCUGACUUGUUUAUGGCCUGGUGGUUGGGGCACUCUCCUGGGAAGUGGAAGGGGUGGAUUUGAACCCUUCAGCCUGAGGGAUGUAAGUGCCAGCAUCAUAUUCCCUGGGUGAGUGCUCUAACUGCCAGGCCAUGAUGUAGAAGGUGGGCAGCACUCCCUUUUCUGGGAAGGCACCAGCCCCAUCUGUUCCUGUGACAGAAUAAUUGCAGACACCUGCCCAUAAGGGGGAACUCUGGGAUGUAGGCCCCAAGGGGAUAAAGGUCCCUUGUCAGGCUACACCGAUAGGGCUUCACCCUUGUUCUUGGAUUGCGAACCCAUGGUCCAGAGUGGGAGAUGGUCUUGAUGUGAGCCUGGUUCUGGGCUGGAGAAGACCUAGACUCACAUACAUCCUAUUGCCAAGUGGCACACUCUUAUUGAGGCCCCUCCCCACCAUCCACACACUGACACCUUGAUCUGUGUCAAGACUUAAAGUAAGACUAUUUUGUAUGGCAACUAUUGUGCAGAUAAAUAACACAGGUGACUUUAUAAAAAUGUUAAAACUACAUUUACAAGAGCCAUUGCUGGAUUUAAUAAAUGCAGUGAAAACAA